AUGAAUCCGCUCUCAAAUGUCUUUUCUUUGCUCCAGUUGGAUGCUGCGGAUGAUAAGGAACAAAUAGCUACAGUUGCUGUUGUUGAUAACAGAGAAAAUAGCAAGCAAAGAGGUAAGGGUAAGAAAACAGGUGGUAGCUCCGGAGAGACAACUCCAUCCAAAAAUGAGAAUGGGGGUCCACAAAACAUAGGAAUAGCUUCUGGAGAUUUCAAGUUGCCUCUUGUGUGGAUCGACUUGGAAAUGACUGGUAGGAUUUCAGUUUCAAGUUUUUAAAAUGUAGAUGGUGGUCCUUGAGCCUGGAUUGUGCGCCCACAUCAGUCAGUGUAUUUCUCAGAAUUUAUUUUCAUAGUUGAUGCCUAAUUUGUCUGUUGAAUGAGUAGCAGUCAGGAAUUGGCUGGGUGCACCCAGAUUUGCAUCCACCAUUGUUAAUACUUGAUAAGUAUAGAGGAUUAACACAAUAUUAGAGAGAAAAAGAUAGAGGUUAAAAACUUAACCUAUUUCUCAUUCAUCACUU